UUAGAGGCUGAGCUAACAAAUGAUGAAUUAAAGAAUCGUUGUCUACAAAAGUUGAAAAAUUUGUUGAAAGGUUGCGGAAGAACGUUAUACGAUUUUCCAACAAUGCCAACACCGGUUUUCAAUGAAGAAGAAUUUGACAACACUAAUAGACUAAUCUGCGAAGAACUACGUUAUAAUAGGUGCUCUUUGUCUAAGGAACAUGAAGAAUUAUUUGCUAAGUUGACAAUUGAGCAAAAGUUAGUUUAUGACAGAAUUAUCAAAUCAGUGCAUGAGGAAAAAGGUGAAUUCUUCUUUUUAUAUGGUCAUGGAGGAACCGGGAAGACAUUUAUUUGGAGGACUUUGUCUUCAGCCAUAAGAUGUAAAGGAGAUAUUGUGUUAACAGUUGCAUCAAGCGGAAUUGCGUCUCUUUUGUUACCAGGAGGUCGAACAGCUCAUUCUAGAUUUGCAAUCCCACUCAAUGCAAAUGAAGAUUCAACAUGUAAUAUCACUCAAGGUACUCCUUUAUCAAAAUUGAUUGUCAAGACAAAGUUAAUUAUUUGGGAUGAAGCACCAAUGAUGCAUAGAUAUUGUUUUGAAGCUCUAGACAGAACUCUAAGAGAUAUUCUUAGAUUUAAAGAUGCAUCUAAUUUAGAUCGUCCGUUUGGAGGAAAAACUGUUGUUCUUGGUGGUGACUUUAGACAAAUACUUCCAGUCAUUCCAAAAGGUACUAGACAAGAUAUUGUUAAUGCUACCCUUAAUUCUUCAUAUUUGUGGAAUCAUUGUCAAGUCCUAAAGCUAACAAAAAAUAUGAGGUUGGAAGGAAAUCUGGAGGAUUCACAUUUGAAUGAUCUAAGACAAUUUUCUGAUUGGAUUUUAGCAAUAGGUAAUGGUAUGAUUGGAAAUUCUGUUGAUGGUAUCGAUAAAGUUCAGAUCCCUUAUGAUCUUAUCAUCAAUAAUUGUGGCGAUCCAAUUUCUGCGAUUGUGGAAAGUACAUAUCCAGAUUUUUUAAGUCAUUGCAGUGAUAUAACAUACCUGCAACAAAGAGGAAUUCUUGCUCCCACUCUUGACAUGGUUGAAUCAAUCAACGAAUACAUGGUUUCAGUAAACAAAAGUCAACCAAAAAUAUUUUUUAGUUCCGAUACAAUUUGCAUGUCAGACGAUGCUUUUACAGGUUUGGAACACAUACAUACACCUGAAUUUCUAAACACUAUUAAGUGUUCUGGAAUUCCAAAUCAUGUUAUCACUUUGAAAGUGGGUGUCCCAGUUAUGUUAUUGAGAAACAUAGACCCAUCUUCAGGGCUAUGUAAUGGAACAAGAUUAAUCAUUACUAGACUGGGAAAUCGGGUUAUUGAAGCAAAAAUUUUAUCAGGAAAUAUGGCUGGACAAAAGGUCUUCAUUCCGAGAAUGUCAUUAACUCCAUCUGAUGCAAAAAUACCUUUUAAAUUCCAACGAAGACAAUUUCCAAUAGUUGUAUCGUUUGCAAUGACGAUAAACAAAAGUCAAGGACAAUCUUUAUCUCAUGUUGGGUUAUAUUUGAAAAAACCGGUAUUCACACAUGGCCAGCUUUACGUUGCUCUAUCACGGGUUACAAAAAGAAAGGGAUUAAAGAUUUUGGUUUAUGACGAUGAUGGAGAAAUUUCAAAUGAAGUAAUAAAUGUGGUUUACAAAGAGGUUUUCCGUAAUUUACUAGGACAAUGAAAGCAAAUCUGAUACAUUUUAGCAACAUUUUUGGUUCUCAUGCUUCAGUCUUUGCUAAACCAUAUUGUUAAAAAACUUCAGAAACAAUAGUUGACAACUUCAUUAGUUGCUGCCUUCAAAGUUAUUAAUACUCGAUCAUACACCAGAAACAAACUUGCAAUGCAGGAAUGUCAUUUAUGUGCCUCGACUAUGUAUCUCACUUCUAUUUAAACGCAACAAUCAUGUUGGACAGCAUGGGUUCCAUCGAAAACUCAGCCAAUUUAUCAGCCAGUUUAGUUAAGUUACCCUCCACUUUGAGGGCACCGAGCGCAAACAACAGCUCCACGACUUUAAGUAGAUCUUCAGUUGGUGUACUCUCCAUGAAGUAAAAUUUCAUCAACUGUUUAAUCCCUUUAUUUAUAACAAGAAGCACUUUCCUAUAGCUGUUCGUCCUGAUCGACCAGCACGUUCGUAGGCAGACGCCGUGUAUAUGGGAGCGACCAUUAGUUGAGGAAAUGAGUUGUCUCCUAAU